AUGAAGACUGUUCUAGAUUCUAUUUCCAAAGUUGAUAAAGGUCCUGAAAAUGAAUUUUUUCCUUGGAAAAUAGGAGUUCUUAAAAGAACGAAGAAGCCAGCACAUAUAACUCGUCAUUUACUAGAAAGUCCCAUUGUGGAAGAAGUUCCUGAGAAGUCUGUUUCUCCACCAAAGGAGAAUUUUGUUUCGAAAUUCAAGAAAAUUCGCAAACCUCAGCUCAAUCGAAAGGGUGUGUUAAUUCGAGAGGUUCCAGCUCCUAUUUCACCCGCCUCGAAGAAACGCAAAGCCAAGGAAAUGGAGAAAAAUAUCAAGGAGAAGGCGAAGCAAUUAGAAGAUUCUUUAGAUGAGGUUGUUCAGGAGACUGACUUCGAAGAUGAUAGUUAUCAAUCUCCUAUUCACAAUGAACGCAUCUAA